UUGCAUUAUAACAAUAGCAUUAUUGUAUUUGCAGGACAUGUGCUGUUAUGUGAUAGUGACGGCCCGGACACUAAUCUGGACGCUGUUGUCGAUAGCGGCGACACUGUGUAUGUUAGCGGCCAUUUGGACGCCCAUAUGGCUCGUCGGACCACCGAAAAAGAUGAGCCGUCAAACAGCGGCCAAACUGUCACAACAGUCGUCCCUCAAUAACAACAACAAUAAUAUUCUUGAUCUGAAUCUCAAUUUUCUGCAAAAUAAUAACAUCAAUGAAUUCACGCCAUCAUUGGGCAUAUUCAACCGGUGCACCAGAAUAUACCAAUUAAACCGAUUGCAAACAGAGUGCGCGCCGUUUGUCUCCGGUUUAGAUCAGGAAAACAAUUCAUUUCCCAACGCAUGGAAAGCGUCGCUAAUAUUUUAUACGAUCGGCGUUUGUGUUAUGAGUCUCACGAUUAUCGCCAGCCUUUUAGGCUGUUGUAAGAGAAGUAUUUGUCGCAAAAGUAUAUUCACAAUAUCCGGGACAAUACAAGCCGUGGCCGGUAAUUAUUAAUU